AGUAAUGGGUGUGGGAUUGAAUACUAAUAUACUAGUUGAAUGAAAAAAAGAAAAGGAGAGUGUAGCUGAAGCUUUUCACCAUGAACGUUGAAAUUUAGAUUUGGAUGGUUUAUUCAGAACAGUUGCACUGCACCUCUCCAGCAGAAACAAACUUAGGCAGAGAGAGAGAGAGAGAGAGAGAGAAUAGUGAAUGGAAGUUGGAGGUUGGAGAAGGGGUAGCAGAUUUUCUUCAUAUGAGAGAUUGGCUGCCAUAGGGUUGGUGCUUCUGGCUGUGGCUUCUCCUCUCUACAUAGACCGAAAAACGGAGUGUGAGUUGGAAGAGGAAGACCAACCCAUCAAUUUUGAUGCCUUCUUGCCGUUUCUCUUACUUCUUCUCAUUUUCGGCAUAGCUUUAUCGGCUUUUCUCGACCGAACCCUUGCCGCCUUUGAUCGUUACUGGAUUUACAGAGUUAUCGGUUCUUCUGGCGGUAUUCUUGCCAUUCUUUCUCUUCUUUUCCUUAUUUUGAAUCUUAAAUCCUCCCUCUGACUCUCUGCAAAUUUUGUAACAACAAGAAAUUAUUCUCUAAAAUUUUCUUUUCUUUUC